UGGAACAUUAUGGCGAUAGCUUGUUGAUGAGUGAGGUGAGGCAUUAGCGUCAUCAAGCAGGUCCAAUACUGGGGCAUUUCUCAGUUGCAGCCUCACCUCAUUCUCAUCUCUUCAACUUCAACUUCAACUUCACACACAACAACACAAAAUGACCGACAAACAAGAAACAAACCUCGCUCCUCCAGACUUCAACUUCACUUUCGACGAGUCCGUCGCAGAAUGGAACGUCAAUCACCGCGAGUGGCUCAAAACCCACGACAAGACAUGGGACUCCCUCGCAACAGGCGCCCUCGUCUUCGACACCUCCAACCGCAUUCUCCUUCUUCAAAGAGCACCAGACGAUAGUAUGCCAAAUAGAUGGGAGAUUCCAGGCGGUGCUUGUGAUGACGAAGAUGAAACUGUUCUGUACGGUUGUGCGCGCGAGCUUUGGGAGGAGGCAGGUCUGAGACUGCGACACAUUCGACGUGUUAUUCCUGAUGGGGCAAAUGGAAAACCUGGAGCUGUGUUUACGAAUAGAACUGGGAAGAGGUUCUUUUGCAAGUUUAGCUUUGAGGUUGAUGUUGAGGAUACGGCGGAGGUCAAGUUGGAUCCGAAGGAGCAUCAGGAUUAUGUUUGGGCGACGGAGGAGGAGGUCAAGGGGCAGAGGAUGAGGGAGAGGGAGAUUCCACUGACGAAUGGAUUAAUGGUGAGGUUGAUCGAGAAGGGGUUUGCCAAGAGGAGAGACGACAAGGGGGCAUGAUGAUAUGAUACGUUGCUCUUCUGUAUGUUCUGAGAGGCUCUUUCGUUGUUCAGUGAUUAGGGUUCAUAUUAUUAUUAGAGUAAAGUAACGUCUCAGUACAAUUUUGAAACUCCUUGAUACC